GAUUCAUGCUGUCAGUCGUUACCGCCCUAAAAUGAAUUACCUGUAAGUCAAACAAAGAGAACAAACUGGAAGAUUGGGUGCAGCAUCACACCAAGAUUCAAUCACAAGAACUCUCUGCUGAGUACUGGAGGAAGUGCUCACGGUGCUAAGCUGCAUCCAUUGAUGAAGAAUAUCAUGAAGGCCAGAGAUUGUAUUAGAAAGAAGUACAGCGCCAUCUUCCUCUUUCUGGCUGUGGCUGUUUUAGUCCUUGUGCUACGUAACAUGGAGGUCCUGGAGACCCCCAGCCAGUUUCAGCAUGAGGUGAACUCCACCAUCAUCGCCCCAAGAGUUUCCACUGACCCUGAUGUGCAUCGGAGCUUCUGCACCUUCCAGCCACUGUCCCCUAAGGACGCUGUGGAGGAACGCCUCCUACUAGACUCCAUUGCUUGGCCUGAAACUCCACUAUUGCCAGCUCCUCUUAUCCUGGAGCAGACCAGUGACCCAGCUCACAGCACCUUCACCAUUCUCCCAGGGAGGGGGGGAGGACAGUGGCACAUAGGGGAUCAGCUGGAGGUUAGGAUCAAUAUGUCUGAUUUCCAGGGCCGUCCCAAGAAGUCUGGGGGAGACUUGUUACUCGCCCGGCUGCACAACCAGAAGCUUGGUGCAGGUGUGGCUGGAGAGGUGGUGGAUCAUCUAAAUGGCAGCUACUCUGCUGUAUUCUCUUUACUCUGGGAAGGAGACGCGCAGGUUGAGGUGACACUGGCUCACCCUAGUGAGGCUAUCACAGUGCUGAAAAGGCUGAACAGUCAAGAACCGGACAGGAUUGGCUUCAAGAGCCUCUUCCGCUCAGGCUCAAUCUCUGAAACUACCAUCUGUAACGUUUGCCUACGUCCAACCCAGCAGCCGCAGUGCAACCACACUGACCUCCGUACAGGCGAGCCUUGGUUCUGCUACAAGCCGAAGAACCUGAGCUGUGAUGCCAGGAUCAACCAGGCAAUGACACACUACAAAGGAAACCUCAGGACCAACGAGGAGAAGCUCUUUCAAAGUGGUGUCAACAUGAAAGUGUACAUACGGGCUUCAGGACCUGCCAGUGUCACCGUGUUGCCAAAAAAGGAAGGUCAACCACAGGUGGAGAGCAACAUUGUCAAGGUUGGACCCUCUGGCUAUUACUACCAGGGUGUUUGGCAAGCACUGGGUGGCACCACAGUUCGUCAAUUCAACGUAUCUGCUAUAAGUCAGUGUCUGAAAGGCAAAGUGGUCCACAUGCAUGGGGACUCCACCAUCAGGCAGUUUUUUGAAUUCCUCAACGCAAGACUACCAGAUCUUAAGGAGUUUGACCUGCACAGCCAGAGCCAAAUUGGACCUUUCAUGGCCUUGGACUAUGCAAACAACAUCUUGGUGAAAUUCCGCUUCCAUGGUCCUCCUAUCCAGAGUGUUCAUGUCUCAAACAGCAAGCUUCGUUACAUUGCCAAUGAAAUAGAUGGCUUAAUUGGAGGCACUGACACUGUUGUAGUUUUUGGCAUCUGGGCUCACUUUCGCACUUACCCCGUGCAGAUCUACAUCCGGCGGCUGCAGAGCAUCCGCAGGGCGGUGGUGCAGCUGCUGGACAGGGCUCCUGGCACGCUGGUCGUCAUCCGGACCGGGAACCCCAGAGACCUGUCGCUAAUUAACAGCGACUGGCACUCGCUGCAGUGCUAUAAGGUGCUCAGAACCAUGUUCAAAGGACUAAACGUUCAUCUGAUCAAUGCCUGGGAGAUGGUCCUUGCCCACCACCUGCCGCACAACGUCCAUCCACCACCUCCAAUUAUUAAGAAUAUGAUUAACGUUCUCUUGUCCUACACGUGUCCUCAAAAGGGCGGCUAGAUGUGUGUUUGUUGGGGGAGAGAAGUGGAGAUACAAGCACACGCUCAGUUUACAUCUUAUC